UAUAUGUCUACCCUUCAUUUCCUAGAGAAAUAAUUGUGAACAUAUAAGAGAAGUUUAUUGUGAUCUUUUCUUAACAUUGCAAAGUUUCGAUAACAAAAAUUUCUUCUUAGGAUUUUCAAGUGUGUUGUGUAUAAAUUAACAUGAUUUGCACGUUACAAUUAACGAUGAAACAAUUUAAUAUUGUUAAGCAACUAAAUCUGUUAUCAUCACAUCGUUUUUAUGCUGCAAACCCAUCAGCCGCUUUAGGAAAAAAGCUCGGCAAAGUCAGUGGCAAAAUGGGAGUUGCUGUGGAAAAAAGAAUACUUCCUGUGGAAACAAACCCUGAGAAAUUGGUAAACUACGUAUGUGGAAGUAAUAUUUAUAUAAAAGGAGAGGACAUUAAACUUAAGCCUGAUAAUGAGUAUCCAGAAUGGCUUUGGAAUUUGUACACAGGCCCUCCAAAAAAACUUGAGGAUCAUGAUCCAGAAACGAAAGAGUAUUGGCGAAUUCUGAGAAAAAUGGCUUUACGAAGAAAUAAUCAAUUAAGCAAAUUAAAAAAGUUUUAAUUUUUGUAUUCAUGAAUAUAUAUUUGUUUUAGGAUUCUAGAAAAAAAACAUUAAAAUUUGAUUUUCAAUUGAAGGAAUAAAAGAACUGCAAAUUGAAUUAACUGAUAAAAUCAUUAACAGUCAGUUUAUU